GCAGCGAUUUUUCAUGACAAUCUGAAGAAUUCAUAUGUUAUGGCGGAUUUUUUGUGGUUUUUUAAAAAAAUUACAUUUAUCUUUCCAGACGUCUUUACUAAGUCUAUGGUCUAGUUCCGGAAAAUGAUGUGCUCUAGCGCCUAUUUGUGGGCCCUCUAUAAAUAGGAGCCUGUUGGCAACACAUGCAUGUCUAUGAUAGGCAGUUACAGAGAUUUUCUUCACAGAGUCUACGUCCAAAGCAAAUUGGCAACAUCUGAAUGGGAUUUUUACAUGGAUAACACCACUAAGUUUGAGCCUUGAGUUUUUUUGUCGAGCUGUGGACAGACCACGGGACAGUUGUUCCAUACUCUGGCUGACACAGUCUUCUUGGAUCUUAUUUGUGUCUUGGGGAAUCCAGCUUUAGCGGACAAUGACUUCCAGAAGGCCCAUGAUUCGCUCUUAUUCUGAAGGCAGCUCUUCUAAUGGCCGCACGGAGAGAAGCAACAGUUACCUCUCAAAUGUUAGGCCUGAAAACAGCUAUUCAAGGUAUUCUCACUACAGGCCAACGAGGAGCACGCUGUGCAGCGUCAUGGCUCAGCUGACCGAGGAUGUACAGCCGUCCUUCGAGACCACGCUCAAAUCAAAAGCAGUGUCGGAGACCUGUAAUGUGAAGUUCACCUGUGUGGUGUCAGGUUACCCAGCUCCGGAACUGAAAUGGUAUAAAGAUGAUACUGAGAUGGACCGGUACUGUGGACUUCCAAAAUAUGAAAUUCACAGAAAUGGAAAAACUCACACCCUCCAUAUUUACAACUGCACAUUGGACGACGCAGCCAUCUAUCAGGUCUCGGCCAGCAACAGUAAAGGCAUCGUCUCCUGCUCAGGAGUUCUGGAGGUUGGCACCAUGAACGAAUUCCAGAUACACCAGCGAUUCUUUUCAAAACUGAAACAGAAAGCAGAGAAGAAGAAGAAAGAGUUGGAGGGCCAAACCAAGACGAAGGAUAAGGAGAACAUCCAGAAAGAUAAACCGCAGACUAGUCCCGAACGUCCACCGAGAAAGCGCCACAUACCGCCACCACAGGAUACGCAGGUGGUCAAGAAGCCUGAUGUUAGGGAACAACUGGGAGCUGCUGCAGAGCCUAAUGGAGUUACCAUGGAAGUGGCCUCUGUCACAUCCAUAGACAGUGGCCUGGAGAAGGAGACACCUGUGUCUAUGGACUCUUUGGCUACAAAGAAAAUAAAGAUCUCAAAUGGAGUAGAUGAUGGAGUUAACGGAAGCAGUAGCAAGGGCAGUAGCAUAACCAAUAUGAUGGGGAUUGGAGGUGAAAAUGGUUACGAUGGAGGAAUGGGUUUGGCACAUUUUCUUGCAGAGACUCUCCAAACUCAGGCUACUGAGGAGAAACAGAACUUGCCGCCACUGGAGAAACAUUUAAAUAACACUAAAGAGACAGAGACAGAAGAACAAGUAAAAACUCUAGUGGAGGAACAUAAGAGAAAGAAAAGCCGAGAAGAGGAUUUUGCAAAAGAAAGUGAGAAUGAACGAGAAAAGCCAGUGGAGGUGUUGCAUACGACAGCUCACAGUAAACGUGGUUCAGAAGGCAAACACCACAGCAAGGCUUACAAGGAUCACGAGCACCACAACAUCCAGUCUUCCCUCACGUCGGUGCUCCACACAGUUAAAGACUUCUUCUUUGGUAAAAGUAAGAAGGACUUUCAUGAUCACAAGGACAACAAGGGCCGAGAGUUUGACCACGACUCAGUUCAGCCUCUUCAACCGGAAAUGCCACCUUCAUUCCAGUUGCAAUCACAAUAUACCACAGAUGUGCACAGGUCUCUCUCUGAGGACAUUGUGCCCAUGGAAACAGAUGAGCCCAAGGUGCCUUUAGACAGUGAGGAGCUAACGCAACAGCCAGUGUCCUUGGAAACACACAAUCAUAAGCAUGAGGACGGUUUUCCACUCACAGACUUGCCAGCAGCUCAUAAAAAGCCACCUGAGCAUGCAGAGGAGUCCACAGGGCAGAAGGUCAAGGAGGCUGAUGAUCCUGUGCAGGCCAUGGACGUGUGUGUGGGGGCAGGGAGCAGCAGUCCAGGAGAAGACUUGUCAUUGUCUAAGCUUCAGGUUCUCACUGAGAUAAAGGACAAAGAUUCUCAGGUGACGUCAGUUACCAAAGAGGAUGCUGUUAAACAACAAGAGCCAGAUGCCCUGGUAGUUUCACCACAGGGGUUAGGGUUACCCCGACGAGAUGAGUCUUCACCCAUGGAAGAUUUAUCUGUCUUAUCACAAAUCAAAGAUCUUAGUGGAGAAGAACGUCCAACUACGCCCACAAUCACUAUCCUGGAAGAAAGCUGGAUUCCCCCCCAGAGUCUUAUCUCAGUGUCAGACAGUCAACACCUCGGACAGGCACAGACUGAAACACCACAAGAGGAGCAGCUGAAUAAAACAGAUGAAGAAGGUAAACCUGCCCCAGAGAAAGGCUGCUCCUCCACUGAGCUGCGUGAGGAAGAGAAAGCUGAAGUGAAAUCAAGUGAGCAGCCUCUCCUAUGUGUAAACAGAUCUGAGAUUACAGAAUUAGCAACAUCUUCCCUGGAAGAGAGAAUCGAGCCCUGCGAAUAUAAAGCACUAGAUCAGGUGCUCUCAACGCCGUUGGCCGUCGCUGAACACGCUGCAGAGAGCAGCGGUGCAAAAGAGGAAGCCGAGUGUACUUCACUGAUUCAGGAAAUACAUGUAGGAUUUCCGCCUACUGCAGAAAGUUUAGAGUCGGUUGACCUAAAAACGCAGCAUGAAAGUGGAGAAAGGGCACAAGGCCACAACCUCAGUCCUGAGCAGAGUUCAAGCUCAGGUUUUGUGAGUGAAGAUGCGAGAAAUGACCUGAAUUUGGCUUUAGAGAGGAGUUUAGAAGUCAUCACGUGCGACAGUGUCAAAGCACAAGAGCACAUAGUAUUAGCCGGUGAAAAGAGUGAGGCAAGAAAUGAGCAUUUAAAGUUUGAAAUGGAGAGAGAAAAGAGAGAGGAAGUAGAGAGUGGAGUGGAAAUGUUGGAUGAUUCAAAAACACUUCCAGUUCCACAAAGUGAGGAGAAGAAUGUUUUGGAAGAACAGAGCGAAACUGCACAUGGGGAUGGUGGCGAGAGACGACCCUCCGAGAAUAUUCCACAAGUUCACAUAUCUGUUAUUGAAGAUAGCCCGGAUAUUGUUCUGGCAGUGCCAGUGAAUGUAAAGCACAAUGAACACUUUGUAAUCCCAAAGAUUGAAAUCAUGCAGCCUGAGUUCAAAGAAUCAGACAAUAUGGAAUCAGAGCUGGCUAUUUUGCAAGACCAUGAUGUAACACAUAUGUCAGAGAAGGUGAUUAAAGACAAGAACAUGACUGAUUCCCCAGGCUUGCCGCCCACAGAGCGAGAUAAGCAGCAGGACGGCAACCUCUCACCCACAGAGAAAGACGAGGAAGUUGCACAAUUAACCAAUGAGGUGGCAAUGAAGAGUGGCAAACGGCUACCUCAGACGAACCAUACUUCAGUUCCUGUUAUAAAUGUUUCAUGCACAGAUGAUAAUGACGAAGUGGUCAAUGCCAAUGUUCCACAUGCACUGCAGCCUUUAGAAACCCAGACGGUGCCUUUGUUUGUGGUGCCUCCCAUUUCUGUCACUUGCCAUGAAAGUGAUCCUGGACUGAAGCUGCCCACUCAAAGUCAUUGGACAGAAACUGAAACUUCGGCUGCCACGCAAACAGGAACAAAGCAUGACGCUGAUAAUAAUGUGACCACGAAGACUGAAAAAAGUAGACAGCAGGACAUUGAAGAAGUGGCCGAAAGGAGCAGAAAAGAGAUCACUCCCUCUUUGGUCUGCGAAACUCUAAUACCAAAGGCUACUGAUAAUGUGCUGUCCUUUAGUAAGACAACAGAAGACAGUAUUGUUCCUGAAAUCAUGAAGACAAAAUCUCUUAAAGAGGCCAAAACAGAGAUGUUUGUGUCUAUUGAGGACCUCCAAAGAAACAGGUGUCCUGUUGACAGGCUCAGCUCUAAACCCCCAGCACAUCCAUCACUGAGUCCAGCCAGUCUUCGCAGGUUUAUGUCUAAAACUGCUCCAGACACAGACAUCGAGACAGCGACGAGUGUCUCUGACAAGAUAGAUGAGGACCUAAGCGGAGGUUCAACGCCCACGUCCCUCUCCUGUGAAAACAGUCCUCGGCUGAAACGCAGAGACAGUCUGACACUCAUACGCUCCGCCACGCCCGAGGAGUUGGCCUCCGGAGCUCGCCGCAAAAUCUUCAUCCCGAAACCUAAAGAGGAUGGAGAUGGAGUAGUGAGCGGCGUCCUGGACGCUGGAGGCAAGAAGGAGUCACCCUACAUGUCACCCAGCCAGUCCCGGAGAGCAUCACUGCUGCAAGCCCCCAAAGGACAGAACACCCCACCUAUGGAGAGGCGCUCCCCACUGAUGAACCGCAGGAAGGCCACCUUAGAGGUGCCAAAAGUGGUGGAUGACACUCCCAAAGAAGAAGCCGUCGGCAAGAGAGAAGAGAAGCCAGCUGAAAAGAAGCCAGACCCUCUGAGAGCUCCGCAGGUCAUCCGUAAAAUCAGGGGAGAGCCGUUCCCAGACGCCUCUGGACACCUGAAGCUGUGGUGCCAGUUCUUCAAUGUCCUCAGUGACUCCACCAUCAAGUGGUACAGAGACGAAGAGGAAAUACUUGAGAUUAAGAGAAGUGGAGGUGACGAAAGCCAAAUAGCACUGGCUAUCGUGCUGGCAUCCAGCAAAGACUGCGGAGUUUAUGGCUGCACUAUCAAUAACGAAUACGGCACAGACACCACUGACUUCCUGCUCAGCGAAGACAUUCUCUCUGAAAUACUACUAAGAGAGGAUUUGGAAGUGGGGGAAGAGAUCGAGAUGACGCCAAUGCUGUUCCCCAAAGGCCUGGUCGACAGUGGGACCUGGGGCGAGAAGUACUUUGGCCGCAUCAUGAUCGAGACGGUGCACGUCGGGAAGGGCUGUGCUCACAAGGCCAGCAGAGUCAAGGUUAUUUAUGGCCUCGAUCCUGUCUUUGACUCUGGAAGCAGCUGCAUCAUCAAAGUUCAAAACCCAAUUGCUUAUGGAACUAAACCAGAGAGCAGCCUUGUAGAGAGAAGCCAAGAAAUCACCAAGCAAGAAUGCAAAGUUCAAAACACGAUUCGGGAAUACUGCAAAAUCUUUGCGGCAGAAGCGAGAGUCAAUGAGAACUUUGGCUUUUCACUUGAAGUGAUCCCUCGGUACCUGAUGUACCGACCUGCAAACUCAGUGCCGUACGCCACAGUGGAGGCAGCUCUUGAAGGUGUCUUCCUUCAGUAUUGUAUGAUGGACCCUAAAGGCACAUUGAUUACACAGACUGUUUCUGAAGUGGAGCAGAAAUGCAGCACCUUCCAGCACUGGAUCCAUCAGUGGACACAUGGCAAUUUAUUUGUCACUCGUCUGGAAGGUGUUGAAAACAAGCUUACUAAUAUUGGAGUUGUGACCAAGUCAAAAGGAUACCAAGGAUUAACAGAGACUGGUUCUCCGGAAGUAUUCGAACAGUUCCAGACUCAGCAUCAGUGCAACUACUACUGUGGACUUCUUGGCCUGCGCCCUCUGAAGUCUAUGGACUCGCAGCCGAGCAAGAUAAAGGGCUCGAGGAGCCCCCUCCUCAACCGCAAGAUCGGCUCCAGCAGCCCGCAGACGCAUCGCAAAGAUAAAAGCCCUCAGUUGUCCAGAAAGGCAAAUUCUAGCCCAAAAGUGGCCCGAAAGGUCCUGGAGACUGAGGACAAUAAACCAGAUGCCAAACUACAGCCUUCAGAAACUGUUGAUGCUCUGCAAACAAGUUAGUUAGGAAGAAGGUUGCGUAAUUGCUUCUCGUGGUUAAGUAUUACCUGUGUCCUUCCACUUACCAAAGCCAGCACGGACGUGAGGAGUAAAAGUGUUGAGUCAUUACUGUGAAAGUCAACAUUGCGACCCAUGAAACGACCCUUUUCCCAUGUUAACCUCUAGUUAAAAAGGUUUAUGAGUGUCUGAAGUGAUGAGCUCAAGGUUUUUGACCUUUAAAGCUCUAAAGUUUUUGUCUUAUCAUGUCUAUGAACGGACAAACACAUCUCCUUCCAAAUGUUGCUAGCUUGAAAUGAUGUGCAGUCGGUGUUUUUUUUUUAAGUGUUUUCAUCAUAAAGACUAUAAAUAAGGAAAAACAGCUGCAACCAGAGGGUUGAUUCAGGUAUGAGAUGCUUCGUGUCACGUCUACGAUGUACAUAAUGUGCAGGGUAGAAUGUUUAUGUGAGAGGAGGAGAUGUUAUUUAUCAUUAGCGUUUAGCCCAGCAAAGUUGAGCUCAUGCUGCAGGAACAACACCACCAUUUUUUUUAGGUCAAAGAUGUUUGUGUGCACUUUGUAUUUGGCAUUCAUUUUUAGAACGUUUGUCGUAGAGGUCAUCUGUAUCCAGGACUUUAUAACAGAAGUUUCUCAAUCCUGAUCCUCGGUAACCCACUGACCCUGUCCGUGUUUUAGAUGUUUCCCUGCUCCAACACACCUGAUUCAAAUUAAUGGGUCGUUAUCAGGCUAAAGCGACCAUUUGAUUCAGGUGUGUUGGAGCAGAGGAAACAUUUAUAAUGUGCAUGGCAGUGGGUGACAAUGCUGGAGAAGGGGCUUACCAAGUGAACUCCUUAACUACAGCAUGCUUAUGUUUGUUUCUUCUGUUUGAAUUGUACUAUGGACUGUGUGAUAAAAGCACUAUGAGGAAAACAGAAAACUCACUUAAAGGUCCAGUGUGUAACAUUUAAGUUAAGUUAAGUGUACAAUCACCUGAUUGCAUGAAUUAUUUUCAAUUAGUUUUCCACCUCUAUGGAGGUCACCACAUUGGACCACCAUGUUUUUACAGAAGCCCAUCAUGAACAAUCUAAACAUCUUGUGAGUUUUAAUGCUAACUGGAUGCUACAUAGGCUCUUCAACACUCUUGGAAGGGAAGGGUAAGGUGAGGUUAUUCAGUUUCAAUAUAAAACCUUACCAAUAAAUGUUGCUAAAUUGUACACACUGAACCUUUAUGUGCUUUAAGUUCUUUCUUCAGGUGCAGUUGGUUAACAAUUACCAGACUUUUCUUAUUGCUGGCAAUGCCAGCAUGGUCACGUGAUCAUAUCAAAGAUAGGAGAGAAAGUUAUCUCACAACAGGGAUGCGCAUGGUUAAAUUCCAACAGAUACCAGUUCCUGACAACAGGAAGAGACGUCCCCAGUCUUUGAUUUGUAAGAUUUCUGCAAUCAAUUCCUGAAGCUUUCAAACCAGCUAAUUUGCAUGAAGCCUUAUUAGUGGAGAAAAGCCCAGAGCAGGUGGCGAUGGGGAAAACACGGUGAUGUGACGGUGUGAACAUACUGUCGUAUUGUGUUAAUGUGUACAGAAAGUCAGAGGACUGAGUGGCUUGAAGAAAACUAACAAAUGUGUGAGUAUGUGAGUGAGUGAAUGAAUACAUGUGUGCUGCCGUUGGUUUGGCGCACCAUGUCAGCUAAUGUUUUUUCUUUUUUUUUAAAUAAAUAAAUGUGAAAAACA